AUGUCCCGACUCAUUUCCCUCUACAGCUUCCUCUCCGAGAAUGAAUUCACCAGGCUUCGGAACGGGCCGUUGAGAUCGAGAGGAGUCAGGUACUUGAAUUCCGAAGACGAGUUCCACCUUCUAAGUCUAGCCUGCUGUGAGAAGCUCGACGAGCUCGAUUCGGCGGCCUUCACCGUGUCUCGUCUAGGCCGGAGAUGCUCCGACCCGGGUCUCAGAUGCUUCAGUUACGAUUACGAGGAUUUGAAACAGGGGAUUGUAGUGGCUCGAGACAGGGUCGAAUUCUACUCGAAGCAAGGGAACGGGAGCAAGAUUUUCCGCAAGAUGGAGAAGUACGUCUCCGCAACGACACAGCUGCACGCGGGGUUGGAAAGUUUGGCGGAGAUGGAAGCGUCCGAGCGCAAGUUUCAGAUGCUGAAGCUGAAACUGGAGCCCUCCAAGUUCAUCACGAACAACGGCUGCAUUGACGGGCAGAGGAUAGCGGCGCAGCGGAAACAGAUCAAACGCUGCAGAGAAACUUCCCUUUGGAACGUGACGUUCGACAAGAGCGUUCGCCUAAUGGCCGAAGCGAUCCGAGUGAUCUUCAUCCGAAUGUGUAAGCUCUUCGGACCCUUCGUCUCCUUCCUUCCAUGUCUGGCGAGGAGCAGCAAUUUGGGUAUGAAAUCGAAGCCGAAGAACGCCCAACUGUACGCGUCGGGCCCAAUUCAGAAAUCUUCAAUACCAUCAACUCCGCCCAGAUUUUACAGUCAGGAA